AUGUUUUUUUACACAAGUGUCCUGUUUGUCCUCUCAUGGAUUAAUAAAAUCGAGGCCCGAAAUAACAAGCCCAAAAUUUGCAAAUUUCGGUCAUUUGAGGGCCCCCAGAAGUACAAUUUCACGUGGAAGACCGUCCAUUGCCCCAACUCGUGGUGCUGCUCCCAUGGGUGCUGUCCCUGGUACAUCAACUUCACCAUUUGCGUCUUUUUGGUCGUGAUUGUCUUUUCUAUCAUUAAAAUACUCGAAGUUUGUUGCAAAAAGGCCGAAAAUGCUGAGGAAACCACUGAAAUGGCGACUCAAACGGUUAAUUAUGGGACAGCCCCCUGGACGUACCCCAAUUAUGCGUACUCGAGUGAUAGUUUGGGGCCCUCGAGGGCCCCCUCAGACCCGGCCCCCAGCUACGACGAAGUUGUGGGGCACAAAAUAGGCAACCAGUCACACACGCAAUAAAAUCGAUACAGUCGGACGCCAUUCUGGCGCCACCAAAGUCGUAA